CUGUUCAAUGGUUUUACACAGCCCCCGAUAGGGUAGGACCGAGGUGCUUGAGCGUGAGCACGGCGUAGCCAGGGAGCGUUGUAUGGUGCAUCGCCACGAAUAGUUACCACUCAAGGAUAUUUUCCUAAUAUAUAGCUAUGGUGAGCUUACUUCAAUCUGGGCGAGUACUGACGGUGCCGUCGGAGCGGUGCGUGACCAGCUGUUCACCGCUGGCGACGGCAUCGCUUCGCCAGCCCUGCCACCAUCAGCACGCAGUCUUCACAGUUACCCCAUUUGCGAGGUCCAGCUUUCGUAAUGUGGAGGCCCGGGGUAUUCGGCGCAGCCCCGUUGUGACGCCUGACAUUCAGAUUGGACAGGGUGAAGACGCGAUCCAAAUGGACUUGUAUCGGUAUCUCCUGACGAACCGCAUCAUUUUCGUCGGCGGCUACAUCAAUGAUAAGAUGGCCACGCAAAUCGUUGGUUCGCUGCUGGCGCUUGAGGCGAUAGACGAAAAUGAGGACAUCCGGCUGUACAUAAACUCUCCAGGUGGCCAGCCAUACUCUGUCCUAGGAGUGGUGGACGCAAUUCAGUCCAUCAAACCGGAUGUCCAGACUGUGGCUCUGGGGGCCUGCUACAGCUACAGCAGCUUGCUGUUGGCCUCGGGGACAAAGGGCAAGCGGUACGCCAUGAAGAACACUCGGAUCAUGAUGACGCAACCCAUGGGCGGUUCCCAGGGUGACAUCUAUCAGAUCAAGAAGACCGUGGAGGAGCUGAAUGCCAUCUACCAGAUCUUCAGUCGCUACUACAUGCGUUUCACGGGCAUGAGCCAGGACGCCGUGGAGCAGGCCACCUGCCGCGACUACUUCAUGACGCCGGAGCAGGCCAAGAUGGAGGGCCUCAUUGAUGAUAUCAUCCGCGGCAAGGGCGACUAUACGGUACCACCCGCGCUGGUCAAGCAGUUCCGGGAGGUGGGCCUGGUUGACGACCUCACGCCGGGCCCUUUCGUCAAGGUCAACUGUAACUGAGCACUGGGGUCAUUGCGGGUUGAGCGACGGGUUGAGGGUGGUACAUGCAGUCGUGGACUGAGCUGCGGGGGGGGGUCAUUUUCCAUGGGAACGGAAAGUGCGGCUGGGUUGGCGUUAGCCAGUGGGUUAAAGUUCUUCGGUGCAAGCAUUUGACAAAAGCGAAGUUGACAAGGCGGCACUUUGGAAGAGGCGUAUGGGGCGCCGUUGGAUAGAGGUAAGGGGUGAGGGGUAUUGUAGCUGCCGCGGCCGACUUCGGCUUGUGCACCGAAGGGCGGGGCAUCAAAUGUUUCCUGCUUGUCUAGCGAAGCAGGGCCGUCGGAAGGUCUACGAAUGCCGGCAUUGUAGUCUUAAGGUUUGGUUUCGAAGGGAGUUGUGGUGGUAGCAGGUUCUACCAUGAAGGUGUUCAUGGUGCAGAAGCCUCGUGGGGAUGGCGAGUGGCUAUAUACGCUGGGUGCAGAUGGCCUCCAUAUGGUUCGCGUUGUAUACAAAGGUGUCGUCGGUUGUCCUCAGAAGUUUCUUUGGGUUUACGUUUGUAAACAACAUUAUUUG